GCUCGAUACUCAUAGCUAGAUAAAUAAAUACUUCAGUUGAGUGGUGAAGGUGUGAACCAGAAUCAUAUCCAAUAUUUGGCUAUCCUACCAUGAACCGGAACACAAGAAUCCUCAUCGUCGGAGCUGGCUGCUUCGGUACUUCGACCGCUUAUCAUCUCGCUCAGCGCGGUUUCACGUCCAUUCGUGUGCUCGAUCGAUAUCCCGCGCCAUCCUGCGAGGCCGCCUCAACCGAUAUCAGCAAGAUCAUUCGCAGCGACUAUAACGAGCCGCUGUAUGCUCGUUUGGGAAUUGAGGCGAUUGCCGCCUGGAAGUCCUCAGAUUUGUUUCGUGGGCUGUACCAUGUCCCUGGCUGGGUUCUGAGCGCAUACAAGCUGUCGUGCGCGUUUGUGGAAGGGUCGAUUGAGACGUGCACCAAGCUCGGAGUUGAAGGAUUGGAACGCCUGUCGACGCAGCAGAUCCGUGAGCGGUUUCCCCUUGUGACGGGUGAAUUGGAUGGGUGGAAUAUCAACGUCUGGAAUCCGACGGCUGGCUGGGCGGCGGCCGGGGAAGCCUUGCGGCGCAUGGCCGCCGCAGCACAGGGGCAAGGGGUAGAGUAUAUCUCUGAUGAAGAGGGCUGGGUCAAGAGGUUGUUGUUCGAUGAGGCGAAGCGUUGCACGGGAGUGAUCACGGCUGAUGGCUCAACGCAUGUUGCUGACUUGGUCGUGGUGGCUGCCGGAGCUUGGACGCCAACAUUGCUGGACGUGGCGGGCCAUUUGACGGCCAAAGGCCACAGUGUGGCGCAUAUACAACUCUCCCCGGCGGAGACAGCUCAUUAUUCCGCACUGCCUAUCAUGGAUAAUCUGGAGCUGGGCUACUUUUUUCCGCCGCAGGCAGACGGGGUGUUCAAGAUGGCACACAGCCAGUUCAUCACGAACAUGCAGACGGACACACGGUCCGGAAACAAGUCAUCUGUUCCGCACACCUUUGUGGACAAUCCGCAAGAUGAUCUCCCGCUGGAGAUCGAAGCUCAGAUGCGCCGGAACCUUCGUCGUGUAUUACCGGAACUCGCCGACCGUCCAUUCUGUUAUACCCGUCUGUGCUGGGACGCUGAUACCGCUGACCGCCACUUUCUGAUUUCACCGCACCCUAAUCAUCAAGGGCUGUACGUUGCUGCCGGAGGUUCAGCGCAUGGUUUCAAGUUCCUGCCCGUGCUGGGCAAGUACAUUGCCGACUUGCUGGAAGGAUCUUUAGAGUCCGACAUUGCCCGGCAGUGGCAAUGGCGCGCAGGCCAGACGGUGACAGCGAAGAAUCUAGCCCAUCAGGAUCCGGAGUUGGAGUUGAGUGACCUGACAGGAUGGAAGGGACGUAAGACUCGUGAGAGGGGGCCUAGAUUGUAAUAAUCAUCAGGAUGAGAAAAUAAUGCAUACGAUAAUGAAUGACUAUGUUAGCGCUAGCUUCCACCCCCCAAGCAUCGUCAUCGCAUGUUCCCACUCAAAACGGGCUGUCUUCUCUGACAUGGCGUCAUUAGCAAUUUCAUUUAGGUUAAGGUCACGGCGUCGCCAAACCAUCUCUAUCACUUCUCUUGCCGGGGUGACCAAAACGACGAAUGGCCUCCCACUCCUGGAAGAUCUGCAGAACAACGACUCUGUCCCUGUCGUCUGAGGCACAGCAACCUGCUAGGAAGAGAGGCCAUAGAGGGAUCACUGCAGUGCGC